UAAUAUUAUGGUCUGUGCAUGGUAGUCUUGACGUGUAAUUUCAUAAUUUUCGAUUGUCAGUAUAAUUAAAAAUAUAAUAUGUUCUAAUUUUUAUUUCUAAGGAAAUAAUAAUGAAAAGAAAAAUUAAAGAUAGAGGAUAAAGUGAAAAUAUCUGCAACAAUAAAUUCUGUAUUAUUUUUGCUACGAAGACAAAAUGGUGUUAAUGACAAUGAUAGCGCGAGUGGUCGAUGGCUUACCUCUAGCAGCAACUAUGCAAGAAGAUGACCAGAGUGGCUGUAAUAUUUUGGAGUAUCAGAACCAGGCCAAAAUGCUGUUUAGAAAGUUAAGUCCACAAUCACCCACCCGUUGCUCCAUAGAAACAGGGCCUUAUCUAUUUCACUAUUUGAUAGAGAAUGAAAUCUGUUAUCUUGUGCUGUGCGAGAGAAACUACAGUAAGCGACUUGCCUUUAGUUACUUAGAAGAAAUUGCACAAGAGUUCUAUUUACAGUAUGGAAAGAGGGUAAACACUGUGACCCGACCUUACACAUUUAUUGAGUUCGAUACGUGGAUGCAGCGCACACGUAAACAAUACGCCGAGGGCGGAGCCCGAGCUCGGCGAGCAGCAGGGGGUGCUGCUGCUGCUCAACUUGGUGGUCAGUUAGGAGAUGUACAGAGAAUUAUGAUGCAAAACAUUGAUGAUGUAUUGCAGCGAGGGGCAAUAUUAUCAGAACUAGACACAAAGACACAAAAUCUCUCAAUGAUGUCUCAAAAAUAUAAGAAAGAUGCAACAUACCUCAACACCAAAUCUAUGUUAGUAAAGGCCACUGCUGGGGCUGUGGUGUUGCUAGUGUUUGUCUUGUACUUCUGGAUCCUUUAGAGAUAAUCCUUAUAAGUGUGUAUGUCGGUGACACACCUUUAAAUUUUUUGUACUUGGAAUAAAAAUAUCCCAUUUUUUGUAACUGAACCUUAAAAUAACCUAUCCAAUAAAGAAACAAAUUAUAACUGGUCUAAUAAUUUCCAAACACAUUGUGUAAGUAAUAUUACAAAAAUUUAAAAGGUGUUUAUAAAACAUUCUUAUUUGAAAUUAUUGUUGUGUUGUCACUGGCAUAUAUGUGAAAUAUUGUAAUAUAUUUUAUUGAAAAUCUUCUCACAAGUGACUGAAUAAACCAUUUUAGUCCUUAUUACAGGAAAUUGCAUUCCACAAUAUGUUACACUUAAAUAUUGUAUGACUAUCAUAUAAUUUUUCACAACAUCUAUAAAUUUUCAUUAUUCUCUAGUUAAAAUUUGUUUAUGGAAUAUACUUUAUUUUUUCUCAAUUAAGGAAUUUCUCUGACAUAACAUUUAAGUGUAAAAUAUACAUAAUUGAAUAACAAAUAUAGCAAUAGAUUAACAAGCACAGUGCAAAAAUGCAAUAAUAUAAUGUAGCUUGAUGUUAAAAUGUAUUGCCAAUAUAUUAUUUUUAUAUGAAGUGGUGAGGGAAUGUUGUAAAUGUUUACACCUAUUAUUAUUUAUUUAAGAAGUAUUAAAUGCCUUCUUUCAAAA